AUGAAUCGCGUCAAGAAGAAAUCGCCGGGAAGUUUGGGUAUGUUGAAGAAAAAGAAGGACAAAAAACGUCAAGUUCACGAAGAACCGGACAAUGAUUCGUACGACUCGAUGGUGGACAAUGGAACCGAUGAGGAUGAGGAUGCAGAUGAAGGUGACCGCAAUGGAAAAGCUGCUGGCGAUGGAGACGAAAGCAUGGACAGCGGGCUCGAAAGUGGUGCCUUCGUGCGAAUUACCAACCCAUCGAAGAAGGUGCUUUCAAAAGCCACGAAACGUAAAGUGUUGGCACACAACGAAGAGGAAGCGCACCGUAAACGUGUCAAAGCGAUGAAGGAACUGUACAAACCACCCACCGUGGAGGAGAUAAAUCGGUUGAAGGAAACGGAAAACUAUUACCACUCCAAUCUUUUUCGCAUGCAAACGGAGGAGAUGUUGAAGGAAGUGCGCGUUACGUCCAAGGUGGGCCGAUACGUGCAGGUGUGGCUUGAGCAAUUCAAAGAGUUUCUGAGAACGAUCGAAGAUGAGGCGAAUGAUCGAUGGUUGCUCGAACAAGACUACGACGGGUUCGAGUUUCCACUACAAACAACCGCUUCCCACCAACAGAUGCAGGAAGUUCUGGGCAAUGAACGGUUCCGAUUUCUUCAGCAGUGUCACAUACGCACUAUCGGUGGAUGCGAUGCAAUGUUGCGCACCUCGUUCGGUAAACCACUAGUGAUAGAUUUGCUACUGGUUAUGCCGGAAAAAUGCCUCCACAAGGAAGAUUAUCUAAACCUACGCUAUCACUACAAGCGUGCGCACUAUCUUUGCACGAUUGCAGAACACUUGCUGAAACAGUCCGGAAAGGAAAAGGUUGUCUCGAGCGUUCGUUUCGAACCACUAAAGGGAGAUCGCUUAAAACCAGUGCUCGUAAUGCGACCGUCUGAUGAAGAUUUUGAGAGAAAGGUGCUUUUCCAGCUGCAUGCCGUUGCCGAUGGAAGCCACUUCCCGAAGAAAAGAUUCCUUCCGCACCGAAACAAUGUGCGACCGGCAAUGAUCGGGAAAGGCGAGUCGAUUCCGACGGAGGAGUACGAGAACUUGCCUACGCCGCACUACAACGCUUCCAUUCUGUACGAUUUACGGUUGGCAAAAAAUGCCGAAAUGCUCGAAAGUAUAAUCCAGUCGGAUAGCGUACGGGAAGCAAUUAUUCUGCUAAAAGUGUGGAUCCGCCAGCGACAUUUCGAUCGGGGACGUUACGGUUUCGAUGGUGCAUUGGUGACGUUCUAUAUCGCGCAACUGUUGCAGAGCAAACGCAUUUAUCCAAACAUGAGUAGCUACCAGAUUAUUCGCCUAUUCUGGAACCAACUGGCAGGUAGCAGCUGGGAUAAGCAGGGAAUUUCGUUCGACAGCAGUAGUCAAGAGACGCUAAGCUCCUUCUUCCGUUACUACGAUGUGGUGUUCAUUGAUCCGCUAGGGAUGCUCAACAUUGCGGCUAACCUCCCGGUGGACCUGUACCGUCGCGUACGGCACGAAAGUGCACUGGCCAUUCGCAUGCUGGAUAAUCACAAAAUUAACUCCUUUCUGGCACUGUUUCUCGCGAACUAUCCGGCAUUCACGCAGUACGAUCAAAUCGUAACGGUGAACGAUUCCCGGCUCAUCGCAGCCACAAUCGAAUCGUUCGCGGAAGAUGUGGAUAAACUUGAUUACUUGGGUGACGCUCAGGCACUUUUCGUACGCAUCGUGGAACGCUUGCUGCGCAAAGGACUUGGUGCUCGCGUCUCAUACCUGGUACCGUUGGCAGUAAGCCUUAAACUGGGAGAGUGUGCCAUGACGGCAGAACCACGCUUGGUACUAGGGCUCUCACUUAACGGUUCGGAUGCAUUCAAUCUGGUCGAUAAGGGUCCGGAAGCGAUCGAUGCAGCUGCCAGCGAAGCAUUCCGUUCGUUUUGGCAGGGAAAAGCCGAACUGCGCCGCUUCAAGGAUGGUUCCAUCACGGAGUCUUGCGUGUGGGGUGAAGCGACCGAUCCGAUCGGCCAGAAGCGCUUGAUCGUACGAUCGAUUGUGCGGUUUCUGCUGCAAGCCCACCUGGACAUACCGGCUAAAAAGGUCGGAUACUUGGCCGCUCAGUUCGAGUCCGCCAUUACACCGUACCCUGCGAAGAUGCUGCACGAGACGAUCGAGGAGCGGUCGCUGGCCGUGAUACGAGCGUUCGAUGCGCUCGGUCGAAUGAUGCGCGAUUUGGAGAAGCUUCCGCUAACGAUCAACGCAAUACAUGGAACGGAUCCGGUAUUUCGGUACACCGAUCCGGAUCCACCCAGGCCGACGGCAAGCGGACUGCGCGUGAAUGGACAGUUGGUGUUUCUCAGUGGCAAACCGAUUCACGCAACGAUUCAGCUUGAAGCCAGCGGGAAAUGGCCGACAGAGUUGGAACCGAUACGUCGUUUAAAAGCAGCGUUCUAUCUGCGUAUUGCCGACAGCAUGACCCAGGUGCAGGGAACAUCAUCCACCGACAGACCACUGGCGCAAGCAUACAGUGACUAUUUGGAUGUGCUUUAUGAUAAGUAUCUCUUCCGGUUCGUGAUUAUCCAUCAGCGUGAAAUCAGCAUCCUACGCGAGUAUCUCUCCGACAACAAGGUGACGCGACUGCAACAGGAGACGGAAGAAAGCAUUGCGCUAGAGAUGCAGGCCACGAUACUGCCAAAGCUUACCGGCAUCUUGCACGGUUUACAUCAGCAAUACUUUUCGUUCGGUUCCGUUGCGGCCAUCGCGAAACGUUGGCUUUAUUCGCAGCUGAUCGACCCGUACCUGUGGCCGGACGAAUGUACCGAGCUGCUGCUCGCUGCCCUUUACCUCAACCAACCGUUGCAACCUCCGGUACAGCCGCAGGCGGGAUUCAUGCGGUGGUUGCAAUUCAUCGCGUCGACCGACUGGAGCAAAGAUAUGAUCGUGGUAAAUCUUAACGAUGAGCUGUCGAACGAAACGAUCGAUGAGCUGGAGAAGCAAUUUUACGAACGUCGGCAAACUUUCCCCCCGCUCACGAUCAUUACACCGUGCGAUGCGGGAAAGUAUGGAUUGUUUGGACGCAGGGCACCGACGGCAGAGAUACUGAACCGGGUGACAUUGCUAGCCCAGUCGGCCACACAACUAAUCGAGAUGAAUAUCCGUACGCUUCAGAGCAAAAUACAGAAUUUCUUCGUACCAUCAAUGGAAGGUUACAAUGUGAUUAUUCAUCUAGACAGCACGAUCGUAAUACCGAUUGGCAUACCCAGCUCGCACGAGGUAGGCAUUCAAAAGACACCGAGUCUGUUCGCGAAAUCUUCCGACAAGGAACCGGCGGCCGGUUUCGAUCCGGUGCACUUCUACCUGCGGGAGCUUCGGGACGCCUACCGCCAGUUUGCCAUCUUCUUUUACGAUCCGUGCGGUGGUGAUCGUAUUGCUGUACUGUGGCGCCCGCAAGCACUAGAGGAGAAACCUUUUACGAUUUCAAACGUAAAUGGAAGAAUGUUUACGAAGGAAGGAACGCUUCAGCUGAAUGUAGAUGCGCUAGUGCGUGACUUUGAGAUACUUGGUCAAGGACUGGUGCGUCAUAUUGAGAGACGAUAA